GCCCAAGACAAGAGAAGGUCGCCACCGAGAGACAUGGCGGCGGCGGCGGCGGCGGCUGAUAAGUCCCCGGAGGAGCUCCUAUGCGCGGCGGCGUCGGCAGGCAACAAGGAUGAUAUUUCUGAGCUCAUCUCCUCUGGCGCUGACCCCACCUACUUCGACGCUUCCGGCAUGACGCCACUCAUGCACGCGGCCACCGGUGGCCACGCCGCCGCCACGCGGCUCCUCCUCGACGCCGGUGCGCCCUGGAACGCACUCUCCCCUUCGGGUCUCUCCGCGGGCGACCUUACCUCCGACCCACCCACGUACGACCUCCUCCUCGACCACGCCCUGCGGUCCGAGCUCAUCCUCGGCACCGUCGCCCGCCGCCAAGCGAACUCCUCCGAUGGGGUCCCGGCCGAGAGCUACCUGGACUCGAGGGUGUCGUUCAGCGAGGACCGGGUGAUGGAUGCGGACAGCAAGGCGGUGAUGAUGGAGUGGGAGCGUCCGCUGAUGGAGGCGCACGCGCGGGCGGUGUGCUCCGGCGGCGGCGGCAAGGUGCUCAACGUGGGCUUCGGGAUGGGGCUCGUGGACCAGGCGAUACAGAGGUACGAGCCCGAGGAGCACACCAUCAUCGAGGCCCACCCGGAGGUGUACGCCCGGAUGCUCAAGCUAGGGUGGGGCGAGAAGAAGAACGUCAGGAUCCUCUUCGGCCGGUGGCAAGAUGUGCUCCCACAGCUCGGCUCUUAUGACGGUAUAUUCUUCGACACCUACGGAGAAUACUACGAGGACAUGAGGGAGUUCCACGACCAUCUCCCCAAGCUGCUGAAGCCCGACGGGGUCUACUCCUACUUCAACGGCCUGUGUGGCGACAACGCCUUCUUCCACGUGGUGUACUGCCAGCUGGUGGCGCUGGAGCUGGCGAGCCUGGGGUACUCGACGCAGUUCAUCCCUCUCCCUGUGAAGGACUGCCUCUCGGAGCAGGUGUGGGAGGGCGUGAGGCAGAAGUACUGGCAACUGGACACGUACCAUCUCCCGGUCUGCCAGGCAGAAUCGGAACCGGAGUAGAAUCCCUGUCCUGAGAUACAGACAACAUUUCAUUAGCUGAAACUU